AUGUUGAAAGCUCGGACGCGGGCGGGCCCUGCGAAGACUGGAAUGCCGCAAAUCUUCGUUCACCAGGAACCUGAAGACCAAAGCGAGGAUGAAGAGGUGGUCUACGGUGAUGUCAAGGAAUACGAGGAAUACGAAGAAUACGAGGAGAUCGUGGACGAAGAUGAACAGCAAGCGGAUCGUGACCAGCAAAUCUUGCAGGAGGCCUGCUUGCCGGUGUCCGGAGCGCCUAUGCCACCGAGCGAGGGACCACCUAAGGAUGCGGAUGAAUAUCUGCGGCAAGUGCAGUGGGAGCGGCUCCAUUGUCCACAGGUCAUGGACGUGGAUGUCAAGGAGCGAAAGUCCAGACAGAAGGUGGGUGGACCCCUAACGGGUCGCGAGGGCACCGGGGGUUUGCUGGCGCAGUUUCAAGCCCCGGAGGUGCCCAAGGACUUCUACAGUCAGGUCUGGGCAGAGGACACCGCUGCGGCCUUUCGAAGUCUUCGAGCCCUUUCCCAAAACAGCCGCGGUGCGGAGGGCGGCUCUCAGUCGUUGACCUAUGAGGAGUGGCGACGGCAUGUGGCCAAAGAUCAACCUUGCUUUGAGCUCCUGUGCAAGCAGGAUUUUGUUGGAAUCAAUCACCUCGUUGUCGUAGCCGUGGACAAGAUCGAAGCGGACUACGAGACAUCCAAAGAUGGUGCAUUGGAAGCAGAAGGCCUGGAGUUGACGGUGCAGUGGGCCUUCGCGGCGCUGGCGUUUGUGGAGGAACCCUUGGUGGCGGAUGACAUCCAAUACCAACUCCAGCGCCUCCGGCGCAUCUGCUGCCGGCUGGUGGCCGCUGAAGCAUCGCUACCAGAGGUGGGAAGCGGGCAAGGUUUACCCCCAGAUGGGUAA